CUCUUGGGGGGGCUGACCAGGAACCCAGUUUCCUGCUCAGUACCCAGACAUUCAGCCCCCAGCUCACCCCCACCCCUUCCAGCCCCCACUCCCCUCAAGAACCCAGGGCUGCGGCCCUCCUCCCAGAUCCCGGUCACCCCUCCCCCACCGGCCUCUCCCCACCAGGGGAUGGAGACGGAGAGACCCCAGGAAGAGGCCGGUGAGCAGGGACACCCUCAGAGUGAGCAGGGCUGGCCCCCUCUGAACUCCACCACUCGGCCUUGGCGAUCCGCUCCUCCGUCCCCUCCUCCACCAGGGACCCGACGUGCAGCCCUGGGGCCCCGCUCGGCCUCCCUACUGUCCCUGCAGACUGAGCUCCUCCUGGACCUGGUGGCGGAGGCCCAGUCCCGUCGCCUGGAGGAGCAGAGGGCCACCUUCCAGGCUCCCCAGAACACCCCCAGCCCAGUUGCAGCCCCGCCCCGGCCCCUCGAGGAAAGAGAGCAGCUCUACAGCACCAUCCUCAGUCACCAGUGCCAGCGGAUGGAAGCCCAGCGGUCAGAGCCGCCCCUACCCCCGGGGGGACAGGAGCUCCUGGAGUUGCUGCUGAGAGUUCAGGGUGGGGGACGAAUGGAAGAGCAAAGAUCCCGGCCCCCCACACACACCUGCUGAGACCAAGGCCCCCAGCCAGCCCCUCCGCCCCCCUGGGGGCGCAGAGCUGGGAGCCCACCAGACGCCUUCCGGCCUGCGCGGCAGGAGAAACAGAGACUGCAGACGCAGGAGCACUCGCAGCCCUCGCGGCCCCCAGCACAUCCCCUGGUCCCGGAGGUGGAGAAGGCAGCCCGCGCACCCCGGUAGUGACCAGGCAGGAAGGCCGCGGAGCUGGCCCCGAGCCGCGUGCGGAUAACCGGAGCAGAGGAUGACUGACUGAGGACCUCGGGACAGAGCCUCUGCCAGCAGGAAGCCAGCCAACGCUCGGCGGGGACCCUGCCCGCGCGGCACUCCGCGCCGUGCCCGGCCGGAGCCCCGCUCGCCUGCUCGCUCGCUCGGGCCACGUGAAUAAACGUGCUUCCCUCCGGA